AUGGACUCCGACGACGACCUCAUCGUCGGGCAAGAUCUUCACGAAUCUCACGUCGAGGGCCUCUGUGACUGCCAUUCUGAGUGCUCUGCUUGGUCAGACUGGUCAAUUGACCGUGCUGUGGACGACGCUCAGUACGACGACGACUUACACGACGACAGGAUCCAGCAGUUGCUUGCGGACGAGGCACAAUCCGUACAACGAGCUCUCGAACACUUUGCCUCUAAUACUCAACUCGGCCUGCCCCUUUGUGACGUAUACUUCGACGAAGAGUUCGAUUUCCUCGACGAUUUCGACGAGGACGACCAAGACUUCAGCUCAAAGGCGAUCCGCGAUCAAGCUGCGUGGAACAGCCAGUGCAUCGAGGCGACUCAUAAGUACCGCCUUUCCACAAAAGAGCGUCGUCAUUGGAGACCCACCGAAGCCAUGUCGCCCAACAAGAAAAAAAUCAAGGUCGAGGAGGAUGCGCUCGACCUGGCUGCCACGCUGCCCCUCAUCCGAACAUCCGCUAGGCCCACCACCUUGCGCCAGGCUUGGCAACAGAAACACCACGAAGCGGUGGUCCGCCUCGCGUCCAGCUUGAUUGAACAGCGCGCCAGCGCCAUUGCUCACUACAACAUCGACGGCAUCCGAGAGCUGUGUGCUGCCUUGCGUCAUCGCUUCCUAGGAUACGAGGCUAUGGGCCUUUCGACCUUGGCCGUAGCCGACGCUAAGCGUAUUCUAGAGCUCACGGGCAGGUUUGGCGGCGAUGUCGACGUCGAAGUGGACGAAGACCUCCUUCCCGUCCUCGCCUCAAUCGACACCAUCGCCAAUCCGUCUGACACCAUUGUCCCGUCCGAUGGUGUAGACCUCCACCGUGGUCUCAAACGGUCUGCCAAUGACACGCUCGGCGGGUCGCUUUUGAAACGCACCAACGCUGGAACCGAGACGCCCAUGCGCAAGUCGACUGGAAUUAUCCAGCUUCCCGUCGAGGUCAUCUUGAUGAUCGCCGAAUUCCUCCCCACUCCUGAUCGCAUCAAGCUGGCCAACACGCGCUACGACUGGCGAAGCAUCUCCGAGCUCUGGCGCUCGCUCGAGUUUGUCCGCAUCAAAGGCACCGCGUCCUUGAACAAGGGCUGGCAGCGCGACACGAUCGAUGCAUGUGUGACCGCCAUUCAGACCUGCCAGCGAAGGAGCCACAACCAGCUCGCCUCGGUCGUUCUUAAAGGCUUUCUGCCCUCGGGCACCGUAGGCCACAUUCCCGAUGUGCUUCAGCCCAGCAGCAAUACGCUCAGGUACCUGGCAAUCCCAACUUCCGACCAGAAGCAGUGCUUCACUCAACUUUACAAGCGCUCAAGCAACCUGUCCGGCAUCGACAUCCGCGUCAACUUCGAUGGAGAGGUGCGCGGCGAGAUCAAUGGCACAAGUCUCUUCUGCGGAGGCAAGCUUCCUUUCAAGCUCAAGACCUUCAUCAGCACACAGAUGAUCGACUGUGGUGACAUUGCCCCACACAUGGCUGGCAUCGAGGUCGUUCAAGGUGUCAAGUACCUCAGGCAGAAGCAGCUCAACUUUAUUGACGGCAUCGUCCGCGCUGCACCCACGCUGAUUGAAUGGCGUGACGACGUCGAUGAUAAGUGGGACUUCAGCCGGGUCGUGCUGGGCGACUAUGGCGUAGGAACCGAGCAGCUGCCCAAGGACGCCAUUGUCUUCCCCAAGAUGCGCAAGCUCUCUGCGUUGUGGGCCGAGCACUUUAUCGAAUGCGUCUUCCCCGUGCUGGAGGAGGCACGUUUGAACGCAAACCGCGGCCACUACUCGCUCGGCUCAGCCGCAUCGGACGUUCAGUCGCGCGUCGCAACCAUCAUUCUGAAGAGCCCUCUGCUCAAGAAGCUCGAUAUCUUGCUGCCCCCCAGCGCCACGGAGCAGCGACAGAUCUUUGCAGCUAUCAGCGAGCUUCCCAACCUUGAGGAGCUCGGGCUCUGGUCGUCGGGCACACUAUCGCUGAGCGGACUUGUUGAGAUUCACAAGUCGGGCGACGACAGGGACACGUUCCUCGUUCUUCCUUCUCUCCACACCCUACGACUGUGCAGCCGCCUACACCAGGGCAAUGCAGGUCGAAUUAUGGAUAAGGAGAUGUGCGAGAUGCUACUGCUGCGCUCGUAUCUCAAGCGAGGCUGCAGAUUUGCCAAUGCAAAGACGCGAGCGGAUGCCGCCAUACUCGCCUACGAGGUGUCUGGCUCUUACCCUGGAAUGAGCAAGACACAGCGCAAGAAGGCGAUCAACGCCUCGGCCGACGCUGCGAUUAAGUCGGGCUACAAGGGUGACUAUACGACGAUGGCGGAUGGAAGCAAGCGCGAGAACUUCAAGGCGAUCCUGCCUAACCUCGUGGUGACGCGCAGCAUGUUCAAAAGCCUGGAUGACAGUCCGUCGCUCAUCAAGCAGCUCGUUGGACGUCUGGUCGAGGUGGACGCUACGAAGAAUUUCGAGGCCUUCAGCGGCAACCACUCGCACUACUAUUGA